UGAACCGGAACCACGAGAAUACCAUAGUAAUGAAAUUCAAAAAAGGAUACCAUACACAAAACGCACUCUAAAUCUCUAAUCCCCGCGGCCACUGCACCCCUCUUACGUCUUACGUCUUACCGGGAAUAUUUAGAUGGCGAUGGUCACCACACAGGCUUCUGCUGUAUUCCGGCCAUGCACCUCAAGAUCGAGGUUUCUCACUGGCUCUUCCGGCAAGCUCACCAAAGUUAUCUCCGUCAAAACGCCCACUUCUUCGUCCCCCAGUUCCUUUAAAAUCGAAGCCAAGAAGGGCGAGUGGUUGCCUGGUUUGGCCUCGCCUUCAUAUCUCAAUGGCAGUCUCCCAGGCGACAAUGGAUUCGAUCCUUUGGGACUUGCAGAGGACCCCGACAACCUGAAAUGGUUCGUCCAGGCGGAGCUUCAGAAUGGGAGGUGGGCCAUGUUGGGUGUCGCAGGGAUGCUGUUGCCCGAAAUUCUCACCAAGAUCGGCAUUAUCAAUGUGCCAGCGUGGUACGAUGCCGGAAAAGUUGAAUAUUUUGCGUCGUCUUCUACCCUCUUCGUGGUUGAGUUCAUCUUGUUCCAUUACGUGGAGAUCAGAAGGUGGCAAGACAUAAAGAACCCAGGAAGCGUGAACCAAGAUCCCAUCUUCAAGAACUACAGCUUGCCUCCCAAUGAGGUUGGAUACCCCGGCGGCAUCUUUAAUCCCCUGAAUUUUGCCCCAACUCUGGAGGCCAAAGAGAAGGAGCUCGCCAAUGGGAGAUUAGCAAUGUUGGCAUUCUUGGGGUUUGUUGUCCAACACAACGUCACCGGGAAAGGACCCUUCGACAACCUCCUACAACAUCUCUCUGAUCCGUGGCACAACACAAUUGUCCAAACCCUCCGGGGCUAAUUUAAGCGGGACACACUGAUUCUAUUUUCAUGUUCCGUAACCAUGAGUUGGUGGUAUUUGAGUGAAUUAAGCUUUAACAUAUAAAAAUGAAACUUUCAAUGCACAGGGGAGUUAAGAAGACAUUAUUGCUUUAAUUCAAUCUACUUUUGCUUCUAUUC